UUUGGUCCAGUCCUUUUCGCGCAGCUUUUCUAUAGCGGCCCUCCUACCUUCCACGCUGCCUGUCGGGAGUCUUGAGAGCUUUAGAAAGGGUUUCUUUGCGUUUGGUGUUCGAGGGUCUGGUGUGUGUGUGUGUGUGUGUGUGUGUGUGUGUGUGUGUGUGUCUUCUGCUGUGAAGGUCCUCCGCCCCCGCUGCCUCCACUCGCUCAGCGACUCUACUGCAGCCAGCUCAGAGCGGUAUGGAACAGACUGAGGUGCUGAAGCCCCGGACCCUGAACGAUCUGAUCCGCAUUCUGCACCAGCUCUUUGCAGGCGAUGAAGUCAAUGUAGAGGAGGUACAGGCCGUCUUGGAAGCCUACGAGAGCGACCCCGCCGAGUGGGCGAUGUAUGCCAAGUUCGACCAGUACAGGUAUACCCGAAAUCUUGUGGAUCAAGGAAAUGGGAAAUUCAAUUUGAUGAUUUUAUGUUGGGGUGAAGGACAUGGCAGCAGUAUUCAUGAUCACACGGACUCCCACUGCUUUCUGAAGCUGUUGCAAGGAAAUCUAAAGGAGACUUUAUUUGCCUGGCCUGACAAAAAAUCCAACGAGAUGAUUAAGAAGUCUGAAAGGACCUUGAGGGAAAACCAGUGUGCCUACAUCAAUGAUUCCAUUGGCUUACACCGAGUAGAGAAUAUCAGCCAUACAGAACCUGCCGUGAGUCUGCACUUGUACAGUCCUCCUUUUGAUACGUGCCACGCCUUUGAUCAAAGAACAGGACAUAAAAACAAAGUCACCAUGACAUUCCACAGCAAAUUUGGAAUCAGAACUCCAUUUCCAACUUCAGGUUCGCUGGAGAACAACUAAGGAGUACUGAACCCCACAAGGUUUUGCUUUAAGGUCCACGCAACUUUUGCCUUGGACAGGGAGGCUCUCACCAUUUGCUGUCCAGUAACACACUUAAAUAAGCCAAUAUUUAGAUCUACUGUAAGGCAGAUGUUAAUGAUAAGGCAUUAAACAAGCCAUAGUGCCCUGUGCAACUGCAGAAGAAAAAUCUCACUAAAGGAAAAAGUCUUGUGAUUUUACAGGCCAAAUCAUGUGCUCUCCUGGUUCUAUCCUCUAAUUCCAUGGAACCAGGCUAGGAGUUUGUUUCACUGAGGGUUUUUUAAAUGACUUUCAGAAAUACUUUGGUCUCUGAAUUGUAAUUAGCAAUAAGUAAAAACAAGAACCCAUAGACAUCAAAUGCCUGCUUUGCUAUCUGGAGGACUAAACGUAGAUGUCUUUAGUAUUCUUUGUAUGUUCUUGAUAUUCAAAGAGAAUUUUUUGGAUCUGUGUGUUUUAUUUUUUCAGCCUUAUUUUACAAAUUCCUUUUCUAUGGAUAAUAGAUAGAGAAACUUAAGGCAAUUCUCCUUUAGUAAUGAAAUGAAGGGUAGAGGAUUUAGAAAUGUACAUGUACCCAAAACUAUAACAAACCAAAAACACAGACUCAUAUCAAAUAUGUUCCAUGGUCAUAGUUAAAAGAGUUUGUACUGCUAUCAAAAUUGCCAAAUAAUUUUAAUAAAACUAGAUGUGAAUAUAA